CGUUUCUACACCUCCCUGUUUUGAAGCCCACAGAUUUAGUCUCCUUUCCUGUCUAUUGUAAGGUUUCAGGUAUAAAUGCUCCGUCUCCCUGUCCGAUGCACCCUACGUAAUGAACGCCUUUCUGUGGCUAUAGGUUUUGUGUCUAUUAUGUCGGACAAACCAUUUCAGAGUCUUGCUGUUGUUUCCUCUGGCAGUGCCUCGGUCAAAGCCUUGGAUCAACCAUUGGAUGGGUCUACGGAAACCCGAGCGGAUGGUGGAGAAACCACCAUAGAUAAAAAAGCUCCUACUCAGCUAACUGGUGGUCCUAAGAGAUUGAGACUGCCCUUGGCCGUGCUUCAAGCAAAAGCCGAACAUCAGUUGAGUGGCUGGAAUGAUUCGCCCUGGGAAUACUACAAGCGUAUAUUCAACUGUGACCUUGCCGGCGACGUUUCUAUAGCUACCUUGCGUACCUAUCCGUCAGAGUUAAGGGCCAUACGGACACUUAAGAAGGAAGAUUCCGAAGAUAUAUUAGAGAAGUUCCGUACAAUUCGACAUGAGAAUAUCCUGCUCGUUCGAGAGUGCUUCACAUACGAAGAUUCUGUAUACAUGGUGUUUGACGAUCUGCCUGUGACUCUCGACCACGUGGUCGCUUGUGAUUAUUAUCCACAGGACACUCAAGUCUUAUCCGCGCUUGCACAGAUUCUCAGCGGUCUAUCCUUUCUCCAUGCCUGUGGGUAUGACCACCAGGCGGUCAUUUGCUCCAAUAUCCUACUGGGAAUGGACGGAACGAUUCAGAUCGCGGCAUUGGACCGCUGUGUGAAGGGUUCUCCAGACCAGUCCAGGUCAAUCGAUGCCGUCGCAUCAAUAACCACAUUGCUCAUGCAAAAAUACACCAAGUCCAACGGCGCCAAGGGAAUCGAUAAUGUAGACCGCUGGUCUGUGGACUCUCUGGCUUUCCAAUUUCUCCUAAAGACAGAUACAGCUCAAUCUAUCGAUGAAUUAAAAGAUUAUAUCUUCAAGAUCGCAAAAUUCUCAAAGGAUCAUUUAGCGGGAUUGGCUCGACUCGCACUGAUUUCUGCACGUACUUUCUAUUCUAUUAGUUCCCAGACAUGAGUAGCUGAAUUUAGGCUCCGUGAAUAUUUUCUGUCAUACCUUCCUAUUGUACGAACGAUCGCAGAUUCUAUCUAGAGCAUGUACUAUACCUCUGUUCAUCAUAAGUCCUGUCUUCGGUGAAAUAAUGUUUCCAUAUGAUAGCUACUGUAUCCUGUAUAAUGACUGUUGUCUUAGUAAGCGUUC